UUGGGCCACCGCGAUCGACCUUGAAUACGGAGAUAGGUGGGGGGCGGUUCGCCUCGAAUCUUUGCGAGAGAGAGAGAGAGAGGGAGAGAUGAUCAAAUCGGUGCCGGUGGUCAAGCGAAAACAACAGAUGAUCAACACUCCAAGUGGUGACCGGUGUGGCGCGCGAGGCGGUCGCCGGUGAAGAGAGGUAGAGAAAGGAAAUGGUGAUUUGUGUUGGAUGAGGGUUUCUUGUUCUUGAGUAAAGUUUUAAAGUUUUCACAUGGCAAGUGAACAGAGUGCAUCCGCUUUUUGGACAUCUUUUUGUUCCCUAAAAAGAAAGAGGGAACAGAAGAAAAGGUCAAGUUAAAGGCAAAGCCAGCUCAAGCAAGCCAAGCGCCAUUUGCAAGCUCUCUCGCUCGCAAGAACCUCUGCAACGCAUGCUAUUUAACCUCCUCCUCAAGUUCACCACCCAAACGCUCCCUUUUCUUGAUCAACCCCAAGAGGCACGAUGAUCACGGGGUCGGACUUCUACCACGUCAUGACGGCGAUGGUGCCGCUGUACGUGGCGAUGAUCCUCGCCUACGGCUCCGUCCGGUGGUGGCGCAUCUUCACCCCGGACCAGUGCUCCGGCAUCAACCGCUUCGUCGCCCUCUUCGCAGUCCCCCUCCUCUCCUUCCACUUCAUCUCCUCCAACAACCCUUUUUCCAUGAACCUCCGAUUCCUCGCCGCAGACUCCCUCCAGAAGCUCCUCAUCCUCCUCGCCCUCGCCCUCUGGUCCCACCUCUCCCGCCGUGGCUCCCUCGACUGGUCCAUUACCCUCUUCUCCCUGGCCACCCUCCCCAACACCCUCGUCAUGGGCAUCCCCCUCCUCCGUGGCAUGUACGGCCCCUACUCCGGUGACCUCAUGGUCCAGAUCGUCGUCCUCCAGUGCAUCAUCUGGUACACUCUGAUGCUCUUCCUGUUCGAGUUCCGCGCCGCGCGAACUCUCAUCUCCAACCAGUUCCCUGGCGCUGCCGCAGCGUCCAUCAUCUCCAUCCGAGUCGACCCUGAUGUCGUCUCCCUCGAUGGCUCGCGGCAGCCACUCGAGGCUGAGGCUGAGGUCGGCAGCGACGGCAAGCUCCGUGUCACCGUCCGCCGCUCCAGCGCCUCACGGUCGGACGUCUUCAAGCCCGCGGCAUGGCUCUCCCCACGGCCGUCGAACCUGACCAAUGCCGAGAUCUACUCACUGCAGUCGUCGCGGAACCCGACGCCAAGGGGGUCCAGCUUCAACCAUGCCGACCUCCACUCUGUUGCUGCGGGGCUCGGAGGUGGCGCGAGGGGGUCGAACUUCGGGUCCGCCGACAUGUACGGCCUAUCAACGACAUUCGGGCCAACACCGAGGCCGUCAAAUUACGAGGAGGAUAACAAGCAGCCGAGGUUCCCAUACGGCAGCGGAGGCGGCCCGGCCGCUAACUACCCGGCCCCAAAUCCGGGGAUGUUCUCACCAAAGAGCAGCGGUGGGAGCGGAGGGAAGAGGGCGAAUGGGCAAGGAGGGAAGAGAGGGGGUGAAGAUGGUGGUGGCGGUCGGAGGGAUCUUCACAUGUUUGUUUGGAGCUCAAGUGCUUCUCCAGUUUCUGAUGUGUUUGGGAAUAACCAUGACUUGCCCACUGGUGCAACUCAUGAAAAGGCAGAUCAGAAUCAUAGUAAAGAAGGUGAUCAGCUGGAGAGAGAUGAGUUCAGCUUCAGAAACAGAAGGGCAGAGAAUGUUGAAGUGGGCGGUGGGGAUGCAAUGCCACCAACGAGCGUGAUGACGAGGCUCAUCUUGAUCAUGGUCUGGAGGAAGCUCAUCCGGAACCCUAACACCUACUCCAGCUUGAUUGGCAUCACUUGGUCCCUCGUCUCAUUCAGGUGGAACAUUGAGAUGCCUGCAAUCAUAGCCAAGUCCAUUUCCAUACUGUCAGAUGCAGGACUUGGCAUGGCCAUGUUCAGUCUUGGACUGUUCAUGGCACUGCAACCCAGGAUCAUAGCCUGUGGGAACUCCAUCGCGGUUUUCGCCAUGGCAGUCAGGUUCCUCACCGGUCCGGCCGUCAUGGCCGCUGCCUCCCUUGUUAUCGGCCUCAGGGGCGACCUCCUCCGUGUCGCCAUCGUACAGGCAGCUCUUCCUCAGGGAAUUGUCCCCUUCGUCUUCGCCAAAGAAUACAGCCUACACCCCGACAUUCUUAGCACAGCUGUCAUAUUCGGGAUGUUAAUCGCCUUGCCGAUUACACUCGUCUACUACAUUUUGCUGGGCAUCUGACGAGCGAAGAAAAACUCUAAAAUCUUCAAGAGAUGAUGAAGAAUUAGGCUUCUUAACUCGAUUGCCAGUUCGCAGGAUCUUGCAGAGAAAUGACGGAGAACAUAUCAUAGUUUGGAAUAAUCUUUCUUCUCCGAUGGUAUUUCUAGGAAAACUGUAAAAUCAUGGUUGUAGUGAGUAGAAAUUAUCUAGCCUUUUUAUGGGGGGAGAGGUUACCCCAAUCCAAGGUCAGAGCAUGCCACAAGCCUACGUUCCGAACUUGCUGAUCAUCUACCAAUAAGUACUGGCAGCGGGAAUCGGACCUAGGCAUGGUCGAUGCAAAGUGCUUGGUCGUUACCAAUUGAGCCUCCCACCAUUGGCUCCUUUUUUUCUUUAUUUUGGAUCGAUAUGAAAAGCUAGGAGACAUAAGGGAGGAAAAAUAGGAAACGGAGAUAGGGAGACAGAGAAAGAGAGUGCUUAUUAUCAUGUGAUUAUUCCUUCCGGUUUUCUACACGAAAGAAUCGGUAUGCUAAAAUCUCCAUAGUUUGUUCU